AUGGCAAAGGAGUGUUGGUCCAGAAUGAACAAAGUGAUCAAUCCUGAUGGUUAUUCAUCCUUUGCUGAUUGGAUACAUGACAAUAUUAAGGCUCUCCACAAGGAUGAUCUUUCUCUAUUAAUUUUACUGUGUUGGAAUAUUUGGCAGAGAAGAAAUGACAAAGUCUGGAGGAGGGUUUCUACUUCUACCCUGCAGAUUAUUGAGAGAACCUUUGCUUAUCUGGAUGAAUGGAGGAAAAUCACUGGAAAUGAUUGCAUUGUUGCUUCUGCCAAUGGAGGGUUCACUGUCAAAUGGUUUAAGCCUCAUCCUGGUUGGACCAAACUAAAUGUUGAUGUUGCUCUUGUUGUUACUGGUGGAAAGAUGGGCUUUGGGUGGAUUCUAAGAGACGAUCAAGGGCUGUUCAGAGGGGCUAAAUGCACUCCUUGGAGGGGUGCUUUCUGA